CCUUCCUCCCUUUUCUGUCUCUCAUUUCUCUAAACUAAAAUCUCCUGUCCCCUCCCCUACAGAUAAAGAACUUUUCACACCUAGUAGGGGAGGGGUAGGGAUAACAAAGACGGCCUGGAUCUUCUUGAAAUGAACGAACUACCAUUCGAAACUUCACGCGAGAUAAAAGACGAUUCCAACUCCAUCAAAUAUAGUGCAUUGCUAUACAUCAUUGGCAAGAUGGUUCAUGUAAUAGCUCUUGGACUUGCUACCGUCAUUAUAUGGAUUGCUCAACCGGGACUUACGGCCUUAUUCCCAUGGCACCCUACCCUGAUGGCAGUUGGAUUUGGUUUCCUAAUGACAGAAGCCAUCCUGAUGUUUUCUCCUCAAAGUUCUGUAUUCCCAUCAUCAACACGGGCAACUAAAGCUCAGAUUCACUGGAUGAUACAAGCCAUAUCAAUCACAUGCACAAGCCUUGGAUUUGCUGCUAUUUUCUUCAACAAGAAGCAACGAGGAAAAGACCACUUCACAUCCUGGCAUGGCCUUUUUGGACUCAUUACUAUGAUUCUUGUCCUCUUGCAAGCCUUCCAAGGAAUUUCCAUAUAUUAUCAGAAAUUUAGUUUAAUGAAAGCAUCGUUAGGUCAGCGUAAGCAGCUUCAUGCCCUUUUUGGUGUGCUUGUCUUUACCUUGGCUUGUGUUACAAUUGUUCUUGGGUAUUUUUCCAACUGGUUUGUGAAGAAUGUUAAUGAUGCCGUUUGGUGGGGUAGUGUUUUAUCAACUCUGGCAAUGGCUGGAGUGAUAAUAGGACAGGUAACCAAUGAGUAUGUUGCUAGAAAUAAACCCCUGAAGUAGGAAGACAGCACUAUAAACAUUGAAGUUGACAGCUAGUUCAACAGAAUAUGAUGUAGRUACUAAAGAGAAGUGGGCCAAAUUAGAAUGGUUGUGACCAUUUUUAAGCCUUUUUAUUCUAAAGUAUGAUUUUAAAAACAAAAACAUUAUUCACUUUAUAAACUUAAUGUAUGAACUGCUAGCUAUUAUUGAAUGUAUUUGAGACGUUUUAGCGUAAAAAGGAAAUAAAUCAUUAUAAAUUCA